AUGGGUUUCGAAUCGGACGUUCGUGAAUACCACCGUCGAGCAGGCCGCAGACCCGACGAGGAUGACAGUAAAAGAGGCAGUAGACGACCUGCCCAGGCAGGAAACUUCCAACCAAGACAAAUGCGCGUCAAAAAGGAGGAGCCCGAAAUCGAUUUCAAGACGAGAAUGAAGAAUCUGACCAAAACGGCGGCAAAAACGCACUCUUGGAUAAAGAAGGAAGAUCCAGACACCAAGCCAGUCAAGGUGAAGAAGGAAAGAAGGCGGAAAUCGUACGACAGCUAUUCGGAAGAUUCUGAGGAGGAAGACAGGCGGUUAACGAGGAAAGCGAAGAAGAAACUCGGCCUAUCGGAUUCCGACGAGGAGCUCGAGCUUUCCGCCCGCGAGCGGGACGCUAGAACAGUAAUCGCCAUGCAGCUUGCUCACGAGAUCAGAGAAUUCGACCUGAAGGACUUUUUCUCCUCGGUUGGAGAUGUUCGCGCAGUCAAGCUGAUAAAAGACGAAAGGCACAAAACGCAGGGACUGGCGUAUAUAGAGUUUAAACAUGUUCAAUCCGUUCCCUUAGCGAUGGGUCUGACGGGACAGAGAGUAUUGGGAAGAGCGAUCGUGGUCCACCACGCUCAGGCCGACAAGAAUCGACACUCGGAAAAGCUAGAGCAGGCGAAAAAGAAUCUGAUGAAAGCUGGCACCGGGCCAUACAAAAUCAGAGUCGACAAAUUGCACAAAACUGUCACCGAAGAACAGCUCAAAAUGAUCAUGGAGCCAUUUGGCCGCGUGGAAAAGGUUCAAAUAAUCAAGGAUGGCUUUUCUGGCGGCUCUUCCGGCACAGCGUUCGUGACCUUUGUCGACUGCGAGGGCGGUGAAGAUGCGAUCCGGCAUUUGCACAACUUCGAUUUGGGAGGACUUAACCUUAUUCUCAGAAUGGUCGCGAAAGGCAAAGCUGCCAGAGAGCACGAGCACGAUAUGCGCCAGUUGAUGAUUGAAAGCAGCCACAAUCCAAACGCGAUGAAGGCAAUGCUAGACUAUCAACCUAAAAAGGCUAUCGAGGGCGUCCAGUAUACUCCUGUGAAAUCAGAAGUCUCGGCGGCUGGUUCCGGAUACGGCAACUCGAAAGCGGCCCAGCGUAUGAUGGCCAGACGGCAAGCUGCUCCGAUCAGUACGCAGUGCUUCCAAAUCGCCAAUGCAUUCGAUGUCAAUUCUGAAAAAGGAAAGUGGCCAGAAAAAGUGCGAAAAGAAGUUAUCCAACGAGUGUCCAACUUUGGAGAUGUGUAUCACGUCCAUGUGGACCAAAACAGCUUGGCGGGCAACGUCUUCGUUAAAGUCGCUUCAGCCGCUUCUUGCCAAUCCGCUGUGAACUCGCUGCACGGGCGACAAUUCCGCGGCCGAAGCGUAACCGCCGCGUAUAUUCCACUGCCAAAUUAUCAUCAAUUGUUUCCUGCUUCUGUUUCUGCUUCCGCAGCACUCAAAUAG